AUGGGACAAUGGGAACCACUUCGUGGACGUCGACGGACAACCAGUCACACAUCAAGCAAGGAUCAGUCCACGUGUGACUUUCCGGACGGAGUGUUUGUCUGUGAACCGGAAUCCGGUGAGGUCAGUCUGAAUCCGUUGACCAGUGCCGAAUUGUCCCAUGAUUCGGGUGUCUAUUUCGGUCAGUCCACACCGGGCGUGGCAAUCAAUCGAGGCUAUUCCCGUAGACGUGCGUACACGGGCGAAUCGUGGCCGGAUGGACCACGAGAAGUGGAGGCACCAUGGCGUCAAUCCAAUUCUCAUCUGAACGGUAGCCGAUCGGGUCUAAACGUUAGGGUGAGUUGCUAA